UAUUUGAUUUCUAGCUAAACAAGCACAAUUUUGUAGCUAAAAUUUAUAACCAUUCAUAUGAUUUUACAUAAAUUUUUGUCAAUUUUAAACAAAAUAAUGUAAUGAAAGCAUUCAUGGAAUCUGACGGCGUUUGGAAAGAACUUUUACCAUCAGGUCUUCGGUCGCCGACAUCUGAUUUGGUCACUGAAACCGAGACACCGAACUCAACCAUAACUACCGAACACUCCAAGAACUACUUGAUCCGAAUGCGGGCACAGGAAUUGCAAAAGACUCUGACAUUUUCGGGUUCAACUAAAUUGGGUGCAAAUGAUGGCCAAACGUCACCACUUUAUCGGACUAUCGAUAGCAUCAAACAGACAAAGAUAUUUCCCGGAAGAAUAAAGAAAAGAGUGGUUCUGAAGAAUGGAAACGUCAAUCUUUGCAAAGAACACAUCGAUAAGAGAAGCAAACGAUAUCUUCAGGAUUUGUUCACAACUAUGGUUGACAUACAGUGGCGAUGGAAUCUAUUGGUAUUUGCAAUGGGAUUCAUAUUAAGUUGGUUAGGCUUUUCAGUCUUAUGGUGGUUGAUAUGCUUCUCGCACUCGGAUUUCGACAAUUUAGACAAUAAUGAGUGGAUUCCAUGUGUUAUGAAUGUCAAGUCAUUCACGAGUGCUUUCCUUUUCUCCAUUGAAACCCAACAUACAAUUGGUUAUGGUUCGAGAUAUACUACUGAGGAAUGUCCGGAAGCGAUAUUUGUGAUGUGUAUGCAAUCAGUGGUAGGAGUUAUGAUUCAGUGUUUUAUGGUUGGCUUUGUCUUCGCGAAGCUCUCGCGGCCGCAGAAAAGAUCUCAAACAUUGAUGUUUAGUCGCAAUGCAAUCGUUUGUCUUCGCGACUCAAAGCUGUGUCUUAUGUUUAGAAUUUGCGAUGUCCGCAACCGGUCGCACAUAAUCGGCGCCUCUGUUAGCGCACAAAUAAUUAGCCGAAAAGUGACACAAGAGGGUGAAGUCAUAUCAUACUAUCACACAUACAUACCGGUCAAGUUUGACAAUAGCAAUGCCAAUGUCUUACUCAUUUGGCCCGCGACUAUAGUUCAUGAAAUCGACGAAAAAAGUCCUUUUUAUAAUUUGAGUUCCGAUGAAAUGAUGAGAGAAAAGUUUGAGAUUAUUGUCAUUUUGGAGGGAACUAUAGAGUCAACCGGACAGUCGGUUCAGGCUCGCAGUUCAUAUUUGCCAUCAGAAAUACUAUGGGGUCAUAGAUUUGAACAGUUAGUCUCUUAUAGGAGAGAGUCGGGUGAAUAUCGUGUAGAUUAUGGACGAUUCAACAAUACAUAUGAAGUGGACACUCCUUUAUGCAGUGCUAAAGACUACUAUAAAUAUCAACAAUUUAUAGCUGAACAGCAAAAUAGUGUUAACCGAAACAUCAAUUUUAUUGAAUUUGUUCCCAAAAGAAGUAAUUCCGACGAAACGAGAGCCCAUUCAACUGAUUGCACUGUUUGUAGUAUUAAUGGUAACACUAUUAUAGGCUCAUCCCUAUCCAACAGACAACUUCCCGAAAAUACUGUUUGA